UACACAUAUAGAUAAAAUAAAAGGAAAGAAAUGGAAAGCCCAACCAAAGAGAUUUAUGAUAUUUCUGUGAUUAAAACUUUGCCGCAUGCAUCCUCGCCAGUUUUACCAGUACCUCUCGCAGAUAAUGAUAAAUAUAUAGUUAAUAAUGAAAUUUACAAAUUUCAAAACUGUAAACAUCCACAAGGAUCUUCUAUAAACAGGAAGUUAAGCAAGGUUCAGUCGUUAGAUACGUUUUCUUUCCAAAAAAACGAAAAGUCUGAUGUUCAAAAAAUUUGUGUCAUAGAAAUUGAAAGUAGUAAUGAUUUUAUUGAAACAGAACGUAAAAAUUGUCUUAUUGAAACAAAAAAUACAAGUUAUGACAUUGAUUCUGAAUGCACUAAUAUAGAUAAAGUGCUACAAAAUGAACCAGAUGCAGAUGUUGUAAAAAAUAAAAAUGACUUUCAUGAAAACCAAUCACUAAUCCAAGAGAAUGGAACUAGUGAAAAAACAAGUUUGUUCAGGGAAAUUGGGAAAAUAAAUUCUUUUGACGCUGUGUCACUUAGUGAACCAUGCUGUAGAAUAUGUCAAUGCGACACAACAGAAGAUAAACUUAUAAGCCCGUGCAACUGCUGCGGGUCUGUAAAAUGGGUUCAUCAAAGUUGUCUUGUUCAAUGGAUGAAAAGUUCUUUUAAAGAUUCAUGUGAAUUGUGCAUGAAAAACAUUAAAAUCAUAAAACGAAGGAAAUCAUUUUCUAAGUGGCAGCUACCAACGCAACGCCCAACGCCAGUGUUAUGGGUGUUAGUUUUCAUAAGUGCUAUUGCCUUAAACCUUGCUUCUGUUGUUAAAGACGCGUCUCGUAGAUGUUCUUCGACUCCUUGUUUAGUUUUUUAUGCAGUUGGUUGUAUUGGCGUAAUUUUGGGAACUCUUUUUGUUGUAUACUGGAGUAAACGUGCGCGUACUUUUGUCAACCGAUGGAUGGAACAAAACGAAGAAUGGGUGGUACUUAUUGAGGAUGAACGAGAUAACAAACGUGAAGCCACAAAAAGCUCUAACAUAAACGAAUACAUAAAAAGUUAAAAAUCUCUGUUUAUUUCAA